CUGUGUGUGAGGGAGAGAGAGAGAGAGUUCACGAUUCACUCAAUUAGUCCCAGUCAGCGGCGAUGAGCAGUGUAGGCAGGACACUGUGAGUGAGCUCAGGAGAAACAUGGCGAGAAGCAUUGCAACUGCAGCAGCGCUGCUGUGGUACAUUUGCUGCACCGCCAGGCUACUCUCGGCGCAGGACGUUAUCACCUAUGGUUACGGGGUGAACGGCUUCAGCCUCCACCCGCCUUACUUUAACUUAGCGGAGGGCACAAAGAUCACAGCCACGGCCACUUGCGGGCAGGAUGAAUCGGGAAAGCCGGUGGAGGAUCUGUAUUGUAAAUUGGUUGGCGGUCCAGUAUCUGGCGACCCCAGUCAAACUAUCCAGGGGCAAUAUUGUGAUAUUUGCAAGGCAGAGAGUAACAAAGCACAUCCAAGUACCAAUGCCAUUGAUGGGACAGAACGCUGGUGGCAGAGUCCCCCUCUCUCCCGUGGCCUGGAAUACAAUGAAGUCAAUGUUACACUUGACCUUGGGCAGCUCUUCCAUGUGGCUUAUGUGCUCAUCAAGUUUGCAAAUUCUCCACGGCCUGAUCUUUGGGUCCUCGAGCGAUCUACAGACUUUGGACAAAGUUACUCCCCUUGGCAGUAUUUUGCUUCUUCCAAAAGAGACUGCAUUGAGAAAUUUGGACCGAAGUCUGUGGAGCGUAUUAUUAAGGAUGAUGAUGCUAUCUGCACCACAGAGUAUUCACGUAUUGUGCCUCUUGAAAAUGGGGAGAUUGUAGUUUCCUUGGUAAAUGGACGACCAGGUGCCAUGAACUUUUCUUAUUCUCCUGUGCUCCGCGACUUCACCAAAGCUACUAAUAUCCGUCUGCGGUUCCUCCGAACAAACACCCUCUUGGGUCAUUUGAUGGGCAAGGCCUUGCGGGACCCAACUGUUACACGACGGUAUUACUACAGUAUUAAGGAUAUCAGCAUAGGUGGACGUUGCGUGUGUAAUGGUCACGCUGAUGUGUGUGAUGCUAAGGACUUAUCGAAUCCAUACCGACUUCAGUGUGAUUGCCAACACAACACAUGUGGAGGGUCAUGUGAUCAUUGUUGCCCUGGAUACAAUCAACUACCUUGGAAACCAGCUACGAUAGACAGUGCAAAUGAAUGUGAACCCUGUAACUGCAAUGGCCAUUCCUUUGAAUGUGUGUAUGACCCUGAGGUCGAUGAACGCAAAGGAAGCUUAAAUCGCCAUGGUCGUUAUGAAGGAGGCGGUGUCUGCAUUAAUUGUCAAGACAACACUGCUGGGGUCAACUGUGAGCGAUGCAUCCAUGGAUAUUAUCGUGCACCUGACAUGCCAGCAGAUUCUGUGAAUGCCUGCCUUCCUUGUAAUUGCAAUUCAGAGUUCACAGAAGGUGCCUGUGAGGACAGUACAGGCCGUUGUUACUGUAAGUACAAUUAUGCUGGUGAGAACUGUGACUACUGCGCUGAGGGAUACUACAACUUCCCCAACUGUUACCUUUUACCAGUAGAUCCCACACAAUCGACAGGGGCUCUCAUUCAUGUUGGAAAAAUAAUAAACUGUGACUGCAGUGCAACGGGAACCCAGAACAACGACUGCCAGCCAGACCCGAGCACAGGGCACUGUAACUGCAAGCCAAACUUUACAGGUCGCUUCUGUAAACAGUGCAUGCCCCAUCACUUCGGAGCAAACUGCCAGCCAUGCCGCUGUUUGGGUCCAGGCGUUACUGGCGGGAGCUGCAAUGAAGAGACUGGACAGUGCAUUUGUCGUCAGGGGUUUGAAGGUUUCUACUGUGACCAGUGUGCCCCAGGCUACUUUAACUAUCCACUCUGUCAAUUGUGUAGCUGCAGCGUUGCUGGCAGCUUGCCUGAGGUUUGCGAUCACUCUGGCCGUUGCUUGUGCAAGCCCGAAUUCGAUGGAGCUCGCUGCGACCAAUGUGCUACUGGAUUUCAUUCCUACCCUCGCUGCCAAGCUUGUUCCUGUGAUGUUCGUGGAUCAGUGGACAAUUUCUGUGGAUCUACAGGCCAGUGCCAGUGUCAUCCCAGCUACGCAGGCCCUACAUGCAACCAGUGUGCGCCUGGUUUCUAUGGAUACCCCAGCUGUGCAUCCUGUCGGUGUACCUUGGAAGGCUCAUAUAUUAACUCCUGUGACCAAGAAACAGGGAGGUGCAGCUGUCGCCCACUUGUGACAGGGCUGCAUUGUGACACAUGUGUCGAAGGAGCUUAUGGGUUUCCUGAUUGUCGAGUGACCUCCUGUGACCCAGCUGGCUCCACAUCUCUCUCCUCUGACACUGAAUCUUGUCAAUGUCGGGCAAAUGUUGAAGGUUCAGCAUGCGAUAAGUGCAAGCCUCUUUAUUGGAAUCUUUCAAUAGAAAACCCACAAGGAUGUACCAGUUGUCAAUGCCAUAUCGAAGGUACAUUAAAUGGUGUUGCAGAGUGCCUGCAGAGUGAUGGCCAAUGUUUCUGUAAACCAAAUGUCUGCACUCACCAUUGCACAACUUGUAAAGCAGGAUACUAUAACCUCGACCACAGGAAUUAUUUUGGCUGUCAAGGCUGCCAGUGUGAUAUAGGAGGCUCAGUGGGUAGUGCAUGUGCUGACCGAUCAGGAAGUUGUCAAUGCAGACACAAUAUCGAAGGACGUACAUGCAACCAAGCAAGGCCUGAUCACUACUUUGCUGACCUGCAUCAUCUGGGAUUUGAGAUUGAGGAUGGCACAACCCCUGAUGGGAGGGCCGUUCGUUUUGGCUUUAAUCCACUUGAGUUUGAAAACUUUAGCUGGAGGGGUUAUGCGCAGAUGUCUCCAAUUCAGCCUAAGGUAGUUGUGACUGUCAAUGUGACUUCCCCUGACCUGUUUCGCAUUGUCUUCCGCUAUGUGAACCGCGGAUCUACUGAUGUGAAAGGAAUGGUCAUGGUCAGCGAAAUAAGUCUUGAAUGUGGGAACUGUUCUGAACAGACAAAGCAGAUCAUUUUUGCCCCCAGCACAGAGCCAACCUUUGUCACUGUGCCACAGAAUACAUUUGUGGAACCGUUUGUGCUGAAUCCUGGGGCGUGGUCGGUGAUCAUCGAAGCAGAGGGAAUCCUCUUGGAUUACCUUGUCCUUCUACCGAGUGCUUACUAUGAAGCACCAAUCCUUCAGCUCAAAGUGACUGAACCCUGCACCUAUACAAUAAACCCUGAAGACACCACUCAAAAUUGUUUGAUGUACAGGCACUUACCCCUGGAUGGCUUCCCCUCAAUCAUGGCUGCAGAAGGCAUGUGUGCCUUUGACAACUAUCUCCAUAGCCAGUGUCAGGUGGUGCAGCUCACUCCAAGACAUCCAUCAAUGGUUCUCCUCAAUGCUGAGCAGGUUAAUGUGCAGUUGAUGAUGAGGGUUCCACAUUCAGGCACCUACGUGGUGCUGAUUGAAUAUGCAACUGAGACAGAUCCAGGCCAAAGUAUCAGUGUCCGUAUGAAUGCUUUAGGAGGCCAACAGCAACCAGACACCAUCAGACUGAAUUAUUGCAAAUAUAGUUUUCUGUGUCAUGGAGUUGCAACUGAUUCUUUGAAUCGUGUCGCAGUGUAUGAAUUACCAACUAAUGUGGAACUGCAGAUCGUUGCUGACUCAGCUAACAUCCUCCUGAACAAAAUAUACCUCAUACCCCAUGAACAGUUCACCAUGGAAUAUGUCCUGCCAGGAGUACAUUGCAUCAGUAUUCAUGGAACAUUUGCACCAGACAGUGGCUCCUGCACCACCUCCAGGUUCCAGAAGCCUUCUCAAUCCAUUAUCCUGAGAGAAGGAGAAAUUUCCUCUCCCUCGACACUGCUGCACCUUUAUCCACUCAGAACGCUUGACCGACUGCAACAGCCUCCCAUUCAACCACCUACCAUUGUGGAGACAACUGACUUGAUCUUACUUCGGUCCCCUCAGACUGUUGCCACCUUCAGCAGCCGUAUUCCGACUCCGGGGCGAUAUGCCUUCGUGAUUCACUUCUAUCAACCAGACCACCCUUCCUACCCCACUGAGGUACUGAUUAAUGGAGGCCGGAUUUGGCAAGGUCACGUCAACACUUCAUUCUGUCCCCAUGGUUACGGUUGCCGUAGUUCGGUCCUUUCUGAAAAUAAGAUUAUCCUGGAUAUAACUGAAAACGAUGUGUCAAUUAUUAUUCGCGUGCCAGAUGGCAAGACUCUGUGGUUGGACUACAUUUUGAUCAUACCAGAAGCUAGUUACAAUUCAAACUAUCUUGUUGAAGAACCUUUAGACAAGUCUUAUGAUUUCAUCAGCACCUGUGGAGGAAACAGUUUCUAUAUCAACCCCACGACGGCAUCAAAGUUCUGCAAAGACUCUGCAGUGUCCCUCGCUGCAUUCUACAACAAUGGUGCCCUGCCUUGCAUGUGCCAUGAAGUGGGCGCUACUAGCUCAUCCUGUGACCCCUUUGGAGGGCAGUGCCAAUGCCGACCCAAUGUGAUUGGCCGUGACUGUUCCCGGUGUGCUACUGGCUACUAUGGAUUCCCUAACUGCAGGCCAUGUAACUGUGGCAAGCGUUUGUGUGAAGAGGUCACGGGUCACUGUAUCUGCCCUCCACGGACCAUUCAACCGGAGUGCAUUGUCUGUGAGCCCCAGACGUUUGGCUGCCACCCACUGGUCGGCUGUGAAGAAUGCAACUGCUCACACUCAGGAAUUCGAGAUAGGACCAGACCUGGAUGUAACAGUGAGAGUGGACAGUGCAGGUGCAAGCCUAAUGUAACUGGACGUCGAUGUGAUCACUGUGCUCCUGGAUAUUACCACUACCCUGACUGUAUGCCAUGCAACUGUAAUGAGGCUGGAACCCAAGCCAGCAUCUGUGACUCUGUCACCGGGCAAUGUCAUUGCAAGGAAAAUGUGGAAGGCCCACAGUGCGACACCUGCCGCCUGGGAACAUUCUACUUGGAUCUAGCCAAUCCUAAGGGUUGUACCAGCUGUUUCUGCUUCGGAGCUACUGACCGGUGCCAGAUCUCUGAUAAGAGAAGAACUGCGUUUGAACAUAUGAGUGGCUGGAAGUUGAUGGGCAGCGAUCGUCAAGAAUUGCUGGUAACCCCCAAUCCUGAGGACGGAGAGGUUACAGCUGAUGUGGCUGAUAUCUCCCAGGAGCUGUACUGGCAGGCAUCACUUCCUUAUCUUGGAGACCAGAUUUCAUCAUACGGAGGACACUUGAUGUAUCAGCUUCGGUCUGAAGUGCAACGCGGUGACAUCAUCUCUUUACCAGUUGAAUCUCGCCCUGAUGUAAUUUUGAAGGGCAACCAAAUGACCAUUAUGUAUGUAGCAAAGGAUUAUCCAGCACCUGGAGAACUGCAUGAAAAUUGGCUUCAAUUGGUGGAGAGUAAUUUCAGGCACGCGCAAACACACAACCCUGUGUCCAGAGAAGAAAUGAUGAUGGUGUUGGCCAGCCUGGAUGGUCUUCAGAUUCGAGCCCUUCACUCCCAAGUGGCCAAGCUUGUUGCACUGAGGAAUGUGAUACUUGAGCAAGCUUCUGACACUGGAGAAGGGAGUGUGGCCAGCAAUGUGGAAAUCUGCCACUGUCCAGCUAAUUACAUGGGGGAUUCCUGUCAGGACUGUUCACCAGGCUAUUAUCGAGAUACAAAGGGUCUUUUCCUGGGUAAGUGUGUGCCUUGUAACUGCAAUGGCCACUCGGACCAAUGCCUCGAUGGAUCAGGAAUAUGUGUCAACUGCCAGCAUAACACUGAAGGAGAGAACUGUGAGCGCUGCAAGACUGGCUUAGUUGAAAAUGCCACAUUUGGAGCAGCAUCACUUUGUGUUCAGUGUCCCUGUCCCCUCACUGUUUCUUCAAACAACUUUGCAAAGGAUUGUAUCAAUCAUGGAGAUCGUACGCAGUGUCUCUGUAAGCCAGGCUAUGCUGGUUUAAAAUGUGAAAGGUGUGCCCCAGGUUACUAUGGAAACCCAAUGGUAUUGGGCAGUGAAUGUCGACCAUGCAACUGUAACGGCAAUACAGAUUCUAAUAUGCUCUUCAGUAAUUGUGAUUCACUGACUGGCAUUUGUCUAGGUUGCAUGCAUAACACUGCUGGGCCUCAUUGUGAACUCUGCGCACCAGGUUUCUAUGGAGAUGCAGUGAUAGCCAAGGACUGUGCCCCAUGCAAUUGUUCACCAUGUGGCACAGAAUCAUGUGAUGAUAGGACUGGUGAGUGUCAGUGCAAAGCUGGUGUGACAGGACCACAGUGUGACCAAUGUGAGGCUGGAUAUUACGGAUAUGACAGCUGCGCUGGUUGCCAGAGGUGUUCGUGUGAUAUUGCUUCUCGGGACGAAACCUGUGACAUUCAGACUGGCCAGUGCCCGUGCAUGCCUGGUGCGAGUGGACUCCAGUGUCAGCAUUGUGCCCCAGGCUAUUGGAGCCACUCUUCAAAUGGAUGCAGAAGGUGCAAUUGUAAUGGGGGAUCAUGUAACCCUCGGACUGGUGACUGCACGUGUAACAAUGGUUUGGGAGGCAGGCAGUGUGAUACCUGUUUACAGACACAUCAGAUCCCUGUUGUUGACAAUUUGGAUUCUAUGAAGUGUGAGCCUUGUGAUAGUUGUGUGGUGGCCCUUUUGGAAGAUCUCAACAAGACAGCUGCAUUGCUGCCUGACAUCGAGGGCCAGCUUUCAAACUUGACCGCAAGCUCCAUCGCAUGGGCACGCAUGAAUUCUCUGAACGAUAGCAUCGCACCGCUUCAGGAUGAACUGAGCAAGCAGCAUGAAUCACAGGAUCAAACCAAAGAUCAUUUGGAUGAGCUGGAGACUGAAAGCAUGAAUUUAAUACAAGACCUGGUUGCCUAUGAAGAAAAGGUCACCAUGAUAAAUAAGGAAGUUGUGGCAUUGGGAGAGAGUGUUGAUGGAACCCACCAGCGUGCUAGUGGCUUGCUUAACGAUAUCACAGAUCUCAAAGGGAACAUUUUAGAUCUAAUUGACCAGAUGAAUAAGACGCAGUUGGAUACCAGCAUGCCGUCUGCCGACGAGUUUGUACAGAAACUUGCAGAGGUGGAGAAGUUAUUGAAAGAAAUGAGAGGCCGAAAUUUUAGCAGUCAGCAAGAUAUGGCUGCGAAAGAGGAAGAUGAGGCAAAUAAACUACUUGAACGAGUCCAGAAGCAGCUGGAGAAACCGUUGCAAGAUAUUAAGGAUCUUGUUGCACGCAUAAGUGAUAAACUGUUGAAGUAUAAUUCGGAAUUGAUGGAUCUUAGGGAUAUCCUUAAUGAAGCAGUUAACAAAACUGGACAAGCCAAUGAAAAGAACAAUAUCAACGAGUAUUUACUGGCAGAGAACAUGCAAAAAGUUGAUGAAUUGAAGGAUCGAUACAAGCAAGUGAAGGAAGUCCUGAAAAUGGCAAGUGAUUUCUUGGCACAAGUUUCUGACCUCCUCCAGAUGUUCGAUGGUGCUAAGGAGGAAUAUGAGCGAUUGGCAGCAAUGUUGGAUGGUGCCAGAAUGCCCCUCAUUGAAAAGGUGAAGAAAUUCUCACCAGCAAGCAGCAAAAUUCCGAUUAUUGAGCGUGCUGAGGAACAUGCACAGUUCCUGGAUGAGCUUGCAAAAAAUCUGUCCAGGGCAAUUGAAGAUACAAACCAAGAUGGAUUUAUACAGCGAGCAGUGAAUGCAUCCAAUGCAUAUGCUGGUAUUAUUGAGGCAGUGGAAAGAGCCAAGGCUGCAGCGAAAGAGGCCGAUGAGGCAGCAACAAAGGCUUUAAAGCAAGUGAUGGAUGAAGACUUGGCCCAAGAAGCAGCUAAUUUGAAGAAGGCAAGCACGCUGCUUGAGAAGGAAGCUAAAAAAGCUCAGAAGAAAUCUGAAGAAGAACUGAAACCGAAACUGGAAGCGUCAAAGGAACGGAUGGAAGAUGCAAAGGCCAAGAAAGAGCAGCUCCUCAAUCAGCUGACAUCACUUCAAGAUAUGCUGAAAGAUAUUACUAGAGGCGAUAUCAGCGAUACUAUUGCAAGUGCUAAGCAUGUAGCUGCGACUGCAAAUCGCACAGCUGUGAAUGUGCAGAACACGCUGGUGCCCAUGAAAAAGAACCUCGAGCAAUGGCAAGAGAAAUAUGGUGGAGCACCUUCUGACAGUGAGGAGUUUAACAAAACUCUCCAAGAAGCAAAUAAGUCUGUGGCAGCUCUGAACGAAACCAUCCCACUUCUCCUGGACAAGUUAAAUAAACUGGAAUCCCGGAACCAGACAUCAAAUAUUUCUGCAAGCAUCGAUCGCAUUCGCCUAUUAAUCUCCCAGGCCAGAAACGCUGCCAACAAGGUCAAGGUACCGAUGAAAUUUAAUGGCACUUCGGGUGUGCAGGUGCGAUCGCCUAGCAACCCUGAUGACCUGAGGGCGUACACCUCUCUGACCUUCUACAUACAAAGAGAACAAGCUCAGAAACGGAGAAGGAAGCAAGCCACAAGUUCCUCCAAUCAGUUUGUUCUGUACCUUGGCGGACAAAAUCCUCAUGGGGAUUACAUGGGUGUUGCUGUGAAGAAUGGUAAACUGGAGUGGGUUUACAAACUGGGCGGCGAAGAGGCCACUCUACAAGCAGAUUCUGACGUCAGCGAUGAUAGAUUCGAUACAGUCAAGCUGGAGAGGAUACUGCAAUAUGGACAAAUCUCGUAUAGUAUUGAGAAAGGCACAGUGACUGAAACCAAAGGAAAUGGGUUUGCCAAAGGCAAUGAUGCCUUACUGAAUCUCAACCCUGAAGAUGUUGUGUUUUAUGUUGGUGGCUACCCGCCUGAAUUUACUCCUCCGAAAACUUUGAAGUAUCCCAAUUUUAAAGGGUGUAUUGAACUUGGAACCCUCAACACACAGGUCAUCAGUCUGUACAACCUGGUCCAAACAUUUGAUCUAAAUACCACAGCAGAUGAGCCCUGCAGAAGGUUCAAAUCGACUCAGGGUCCAGACAGUGCUUACUUUGAUGGUACAGGAUAUGCCGAAAUCAAAAUGCCAGGUUCAUUUUCCUCUGUGUCUCGUUUUGAACAAGAGGUUCGGAUUGUUUCUUACUCAGGAAUCCUCUUCUUCAUGCAGGAAAAGGAAAAAUACCUCUGUCUGACCAUUGAGAAUGGAAAACUUGUUCUGUUUGUUUACUUAAACAACGAACUCAAAAUUGAGCGCAACAAUGAAAAUCAAAACUUACUCAGUGAUGGAUUUCCCCAUCAGAUCCAGAUAAUUAUGGUAUUUUCCAAAAAAGUGAAGAUUUAUGUACGUGUGGACCGGAAAACUGUUCUUUCUUCUGAACGAGAUGCAUCGCGUCCUUCGAUUUCUGAGUACUAUCUUGGCGGAGUGCCUGUAGAAAAACUCCCAGACAAUCUAAGGAGUCAGUUCCCGACUGGGGGCUCUAUAAAAGGCUGUAUGCGCAGCGUGAAGGCUCUGGACAAAAAUUUAGAUCUGAAACGUGAGAAGACCAUUGGGAUCAGUUAUGGAUGUUCUACAAACCUACUGGUGUCACGUUCUGCAGACUUCAAAGGCCAGGGAUAUCUGAGCCUGACCCCUCAGAAUGUCCCAAUGCUUCGCAACAACUUCAUUUCAGGAUUUGGCUUCCAGACCCAACAGCGAAACGCCCUGAUGUUUUACUACCCCUCCCCGGAAGGAAACUGUCAAGUUUCUCUGAAGCAAGGAUUAGUGACACUUAAGGCAUUUAAUACUGAAGUUAAAAGUCAAACUGAGUAUACAGAUGGGAGCCCACAUUAUGUCUCUUUUUCGAUUACAAAUGAACAGCUUAAAAUGACCAUUGAUGAUCACGAAAAGCAGGAAUCAAAAUUAGCGAAGAGAAAGCGACGCCAAUCAGGAGAGAUUGAGAAGGGGCAGAUCUAUUUUGGUGGUGUACCAGGGGCUGAUCUCGGUGCCAACCUAACAGGUUGUAUCAGCAAUGUUUUCAUUUAUCGCAAGGACUCAGAUGAGCAAUCAGUUGUAGAUCUCCAGAAGCAUAAGGUAAUGGUUGGGGCAGAGUUAAACAGUUGCCCCAGUGAAAAGCCACCCCAGCAGAUCCGAUCGCACAAGAGGGAGAGAUCCAGACAGGCAAUAACCAAGCUUGAGAGUGAACAGCAACUUUCUGCAAGUUGCAAGUUGCCAAAGAUGCCAGCAGCCAGUGAUGCUCACUAUUUCAGGGGCUCCCAUCUCAGCCGUCUGGAGUAUGACAACAUCCCAGAUUCAUUUCACAUGAGGUCUAGAUUUUCUUUGGACGUUCUCUGUAAUUCAUCCCAUGGGAUGCUUUUCUAUGUAUCCAAUGAACUGGAAACUUCCUUCAUGGCUCUCCUGGUUUCUAAAGGCCGUUUUGUCUUUCUCUUUGAUAUCAAAGGGAAAAGGUUGAGAAUUCCAAGUAAGGAAAAGUGUACUGAUGGAAAAUGGCACACAGUAUUUUUCAGUAGAGACAGAAAUCAAGGGCAGUUGGUGAUAGAUGGUCUCCGAGUGCAAAGCAGCACAAUUUUGGUCACAGCUUCGUUAGAUGUCAGAGCUCCAUUCUAUGUGGGUGCAGUACCAAAAGGAAAAGCAAGGAGGAUUGCUCAGGGAAUUCCUGCUGCCAAGUUCAGUGGUUGUAUCCGAAAAUUCCAACUAGAUGGAAAGGUUAUGGAUCCUCCUUCACGUGCUUAUGAUGUGGCACCAUGUUUUGAGCGAAAUUUGGAAACAGGAACAUUUUUCUCAGUUGCGGAUGGCUAUUUAAUUAUAGACGAGUCUUUUAUUGUUGGUAAAGAUUAUGAGCUGAUGCUUGAAGUACGGCCUAGGAGUUUGUCAGGUGUACUUUGCCAUGUUGGGAGAAAACGAAGCCUUUACUUAAGUUUGUAUAUUGAAAAUGGAAAGGUUAUAGUGCAGUUAAAUAAUGGAGCUGGGGAAUUCUCUGUGUCAGUCACUCCACAACAGUCUCUCUGUGAUGGACAGUGGCAUCAUAUUGCAGUUAUUAAAAGGAAGAAUGUGAUACAACUUGAUGUGGACACUGACAGUAAGCACACAGUAGGGCCAUUACACAGUCCUCGUACCAAUUCCAAAGAAAUACUGUAUCUGGGAGGUGUACCAGAGACAGUGCAAAUGUCAAUGUUGUCUUCGAUACGUUACUCAUUUGUUGGCUGUGUAAAGAACGUAUUAAUUAACCAAAAGCCUGUACAGUUGAAUCGACCAGGAUCCAUCUAUGGUGGUGUUAGCACCAGUGGUUGUCCACUAUUGUAAAUAGAGAAAAAAAAAAGUCAAAGAACACUUUACCAGGGCUGUUUAUUUCUGAUCCACUUAUGCACUUAAAUAUUUGUACUGUAUUUCAGAAUCUUGCUGUGGAUUUUUAUAAAUUUAAGCUAUUUUAAUGGACUUUUUAUUUGGUAUUUUGGGAGGAAAAAUUUAUCCUGUGACACUGGUUUUACAUUAUCUUGUAAUUAAGAUCCCUAAUUCAUAUUUGUAGCACUGAUUGUGCAAAACACUGG